AUGCCUCGUCAGAGCCCCGACGCCGAGCCUGUGCACCACGAGUAUCGCGACGAUGCGACCAGUACCUUUGGCUCCGAUACCACGGCCACCAACAACCUGCAUCUCGACGACUUCCCCGACUACGACGGCGUUAACGACCUGAAUGUGCCGCCCAAGGCCCCCGGAUACGUCCCGAAGUCGGUCCAGCGCUUUGUUAAUGCUGCCGGCACAUGGAUCAAAGGCCCGCAACCCCCGCGCCCAUAUAAAAUCACACCCUUCUUUCCGGCGAUACAGACUGCGCCGCAGAGGCUCUUGGAUAGAUACGCGCCCAAGCGCAAGCAGAAGGUUUGGCUGCUGGUCGGCUUCUACGUGACUUGGUUCUUGUGUUUUUCGUUGGUACUGCGCAAGUCGGCCUUUUCGAGCGAGAUUGAAGGAUACGGGUCACCCGUACGGAUCACCUGCACUACGAGGUUUUGGAACGAUGGAAACAUGUGCGGCAUGAACGGCGACCAGUGCCGACCGUUCGGGAACUCUUCCAUCGCCUUCCGAUGCCCCGCCAACUGCAAGCGCGUGCAGGUUGUCAACUCGCACGCCGUGGGCGACCAGGAAGUCAACUACCGCCCUCUCGUCAUCGGUGGGCCGACCAACGACCACGACGAUAUCGACGACGUUGCCAGCACCUUGUAUCGUGGAGAUUCUUUCGUUUGCGGUUCUGCCAUUCACGCCGGGUUCGUCAGCAACAAAGCCGGCGGAUGUGGCGUUGUUAGCAGAGUUGGCGAGCACAGCAACUUCCCGGCCGCUAAGCACCAUGGUAUUUCUAGCGUAGGAUUCGACUCCUACUUUCCUCUUUCGUUUUCGUUUGUCGAUGGCACUGCUUCCGAGUGUCGUGACCUGCGAUGGCCUCUCUUUGCCGUCUCCCUAACUUUCACUGUCCUCAUCACCCUAUUCACUACGUCACCCUCUGUCUUCUUCUGUUCCGUUUUCUUUGGCACAUUCUUCCAUGUGGCGCUGGCCUCCGACCCGCCAGACCUUACCGACUACUAUGCAAUUAUCAGUAUUACGCUCGGAAGACUUCUACCUGCGUCGUUCUGCGCAUACGUCAUGUAUAGAUGCGCCGUCCGACCCCAAAUGACAGGCCUGACAGCGCAGUUUGAGAAGGCCAUUCUCUGGCUUGGCGGCUGCUGGGUCGGCGCUCUCAACAACUACACUUUCGACAAGAUCCCCAUUGAGCGCCUGACGCCGCACGACAUCAAGCAACAACCCGGCGCCGUCCCCGCUCUCAUCACCGUCGUUCUCUCACUGUUCUUCAUCGCCCUCGGUCAAGCCUGGGCCCUCCGCAUCGAAGGUCGCUUGCCGCGGUACCUCGUCAUCUACGGCAUUAUGGCCGGCAGCCUGCUCGCCCUCGUCGCCGUCCCGAAAAUGAACCUACGUAUCCACCACUACAUCCUUGCGCUGCUCCUGAUCCCUGGCACGUCGAUGCAGAACCGGCCCAGUCUGCUCUACCAAGGCAUUCUGGUCGGCCUGUUCAUCAACGGCAUUGCGCGCUGGGGCUUCGACAGCAUCCUGCAAACGCCCGACGAGCUGCGCGGGGACGCGAAGCUCGGCACGCCGCUGCCGCACAUCAUGCCUCCGAUCAUCCACAACAACUACAACAUGGGUGACAUGAUGUCCAACAUCACGUUCGAGUGGGAGAAGCCGUUCCCGAAGCACUUUGACGGCAUCAGCAUCCUGGUCAACGACGUGGAGCGCUUCCGCGCGUAUGAAGACGAUGAGGGCGUGGACAGCUUCACGUGGGUGCGCCAGGAUGCGGAGCUGCCGGAGUAUUUCCGCUUUGCGUACAUGCACGGCGCGGGGGCGGGCGACUACACGAAGGCGGGCAAGUGGGGCAAGGACGGCGGAUGGAUUCCCAUGAAGAGCGGGCCGAGCUAG